UAGAUUUGUUUAGGGUCAGAUUGUUUUUUAUUUGUGUGUACUUUUGAAUACCAAAUGAUUAUAGCAAUUAUUUAUUGUUUUGUUUUUAAAAAAAAAAAGUUGUAUAUUUUCUCUACACCAUAAGCGUAUAUGUACAUGAGUAAACAUGAUACUGACUCGCAGUGUGCUUUUGGAAACUAUAUAUAUGGUCCAGAAAUAGACAUUAGUUUCUUGAUGUGAAUUUAUGGACAUUCACCAUGAACCGGUGAGCAGUACUUUUACCAGCAGAUUAGUGAUCAAAUUGAAAGCAUAGCAAGAGUAACCCAGACAGCAUUUACAUCUGUGCCAGAUCCGUUUUUGAAUCAGUAGAUUCGCGCAGCAGUCGCACUCACUAUGCAGAUCUGUACCAACUUUGCGCCAGACUUGUCUGUAGCUUCUGACUGUGACAGUCCAUCCAGCGGGUGCGGUGCCUAUCCGGGGCAGCUUCGCAGACCAGACGCGCCACAACUGAAUUGAGUCCGCCCAGCGGGUAUGGGCCAGAUCCCCAGGAGCUGCGCAGACCUGACGCCCCACAACUAACGGAACACUUUUCCCCCACAUAAACCUGCAACUCUACGUUAUGUGAUUAUGCAGAGUGAAAGACUACAGGCUGCACCGUCUUUGUGAUUAUUGGUAAGUACAUUAUACAAGUAUCAUUUUAAAUGUAAACUGGUGUUGAUGUCAUUUUAGUCUGCUAAAUAUUUAGGCCUGUAUUAAACAUGAAAGUUUACAAACUUAGUUUACUCUGAAAUUCUGACAACCUGAAACGUGCCAGACAAGCUGGUUUGUAGCUACGGUUAGCUUGUAGUCUAGGUUCUUUUAAACAUGCAUCCACAACUAUGUGAACAUGAGCUUUAAGGCUAAAUUGGAGCAGUGAGGAAGAAUCGCAGGUUGAUGCCUAACUUUAACGUUAGUUCAUUGGGCUAGUUUUUGCCCUGGUCCUCUGACAUCCAUCCGUGAACGGCGCUGCUAUUCACCGUCUGCUCGAAAAUAUUUCUCAGGACAGCUACUAGCCUCUGCGAGAGAUCUGCCGCUGCCGCGACCAAGGAACUGCUGCUGACCUGCGAGCUGCCAUGAUAGCAGCCUGCCCUGCAGUCUGGAUUGAGUAGCCUAGCUAACAUCGAAGAACUCUCACGAAACAACAAACUGUCGCUGUCAAAGUCCACCGACCUGCUGAUCUGCAGGAUCGCCCAACUGUUCUGUGCUUUCAGUGCUCCCCAGACUGCCAGUAAUCUUCCUCCGACACAGCUGAGUGCCGUCGUCAUCAUCAUCGGGACAUCAGCCGGUUAGGUGCAACGGACUAUGUUAACAUGACAUUUUCUUUCAAUGCGUUUAGCGGAGUUUGUUUAUCAACAUAAGCCUUAUAUUUCACAUAUUGGUUUGUGUUAUGUUGUAGGCCUAGGCCUAAACUUAGGCUAGCGGACACAGUGUUCUCUUUUGGCUUUUUUAAAAUAAAAAACUAUUUUGAAUAGAAUCACAGACCAGGGCCAGAUGAGCCCCAGAUGUAGAAUAUGAGUCUGGGCCAGAUCCGCACCAAAUGCCAUGGCAAUAUUAACUGUACUGGGCCAGUUCUGGCCCAGAUCUGUCUCUGAUCCGUAAUCCAACCAGUUCCGGUAUUGGCCCGUUGGAAGAAAUGACCCCGGGGCAGGUCCGUUUAGAGGAUCUGCGCCAAAUGCUAAUGAAGAUCUGGCCCAAAUAUAUUUUGCUGUCUGGGAAUGUAUCUUUAUAAUUGAUACCCAUCAACCAUUCUCUGGAGUAAGGUUAAAAUGCUGAUACAACUUACGAAUCAAAGUAAAAUUCUCAAAAUUUCAUAACAUUAUGGUAGGUGAGAUUGAGUGUUUGGACCUACACCUCACCUUCAGGAGUAGUCCCAUACCUGCAGAACACAUUAUUGUUGAUGUAGUUGAACGCAUCAUGAGUUGACCAAACUAUUCACAUGCAUAUAUUCUUAUUUAACUGCUUCCUUCACGGAAAUACAUUAGUCAAAUGGGAGGCCUACCGAUUCUUUUCUGAUUCCAUAUGGGAGCAGUCUGGAAGGGUUGUCAUUACAGACCAUAAAAAAACGACGCCAUGUUGCCUGUCUGCUCUCCGUAAUUCAGCAACAGAAACGGGUGGACUAGGACUAGGAACUAUAGCUUACAUAUACACACAAUUUCGUCCUCAAGUGGUAUGUUUUUUCAGGUAAUGUAUAGUUACCGUUGGCGCGCCAGUUACAGGAAAUUUGUUGCGAAUUCACAUACGGGUAACAUCCGUUUCCAAACAUUGUUACGAACUGUUCCUUUGUCCAUUCUGAGAAGGCCAUCUACUUUUACCAUCUUACGAUAACUAGAACCAGCCAGCUAAGAGCCAAUAUUGACACACACGUCCAGGUUUUGUUGAUUCACUGAUAAAUAUAUUUGUGUAACGUUAUGCGUGCUAGUUUUUCUUCUAUGCUGGGACGAAGUUAUCUUCAGUUAAAAUUUGCAAUUUAGAGUAAAAUUAACGACCUGCUAAAAAUCAAGUUUUUGCUUUCGCUAAGAUUUAUGGUAGAAUCUAGCUCGUCGUUUCCUCGUAACAUUAACGUUAUCGCUAACGUGAAGUUGCAUAGACAGACCGCUGGCCGCAAAGUGCUCCAGGAAUGCCCAAGGAAAAAUAUGACCCGCCUGACCCACAUCGGAUGUACACUAUUAUGUCCAGUGAUGAGGCAGCCCAUGGGAAGAAGUCAUACUGGGCUGAACUUGAAAUAAGUGGGAAAGUGCGGAGCCUCAGUUCAGGCUUGUGGUCACUCACUCACCUCACCGCUUUACACGUCAGCGACAACUCCUUGUCGAGGAUUCCCCCAGAUAUUGCCAAGCUACACAACCUUGUAUACCUGGAUCUUUCAUCCAACAACAUCAGGAGCCUGCCUGCUGAGCUUGGCAACAUGGUGUCUCUCAGGGAAUUGCUUUUAAAUAACAACCAGUUGCGGGUUUUGCCUUUUGAAUUGGGAAAACUGUUUCAGUUACAAACACUGGGAUUGAAAGGGAACCCUCUCACACAGGUGAUCAUGAAGUUAUACCAGGAACCAGAUGGUACAAGACGGCUGUUAAACUACCUGCUUGACAAUCUGGCUGGUGCCAUCAAACGCAUUCCAACAGAGCAGCCCCCAUCCAGGUCUUUGAUUGUACUACAAGAGCCCGACAGAACAAGGCCGUCAGCACUCUUCUCAGUCAUGUGCUACAACGUCCUCUGUGACAAGUACGCUACACGUCAGCUGUACGGCUGCUGUCCAUCAUGGGCCCUAAACUGGGAGUACAGGAAGAAGGCCAUCAUGCAGGAGAUUCUCAGCUGCAAUGCUGACAUCAUCAGCCUUCAGGAAGUGGAAACAGAGCAGUAUUACAACUUCUUCUUGGUGGAGCUGAAAGAACAGGGAUACGAUGGAUUCUUUAGUCCCAAGUCCAGAGCAAGAACGAUGUCUGAGUCUGACCGCAAGCAUGUGGAUGGAUGUGCGAUAUUCUACAGAACAGAAAAGUUCAGUUUGGUACAGAAGCAUACAGUAGAAUUCAACCAGUUGGCCAUGGCAAACUCUGAAGGGUCUGAAGCCAUGCUGAACCGUGUGAUGACCAAGGACAACAUUGGAGUAGCGGUGUUGCUGGAGCUGCGCAAAGAGAUGAUGGAACUAUCGUCAGUCAAGUCUCUGCAGGGCAUGGAGAAGCAAUUACUGCUAGUGGCCAAUGCUCACAUGCACUGGGACCCAGAAUAUUGUGACGUGAAGCUUGUGCAGACAAUGAUGUUCCUGUCUGAAGUGAAGAAUAUUGUAGACAAGGCUACACGCAGUCUAAAGCUCUCAUCCAUCUCGGGAGAAACAAACUCAAUUCCUCUAGUUUUGUGUGCUGAUCUCAACUCACUACCAGACUCUGGUGUGGUGGAGUUUUUAAGUACAGGCGGAGUGGACUGUACACACAAAGACUUCAAAGAGCUACGCUAUAGCGACUGCCUCACCAACUUUAACUGCAAUGGCAAGAACGGAACAUCUAAUGGCAUGAUCACACAUGGCUUCAAGCUGAAGAGCGCCUAUGAGAGUGGGCUGAUGCCGUACACCAACUACACCUUUGACUUCAAGGGUGUUAUUGAUUACAUCUUCUACUCCAAGCCUCAGCUGAACGUUCUAGGCAUUCUGGGUCCAUUGGAUCCCCACUGGCUCCUGGAGAACAAUAUCAGUGGCUGCCCCCAUCCCCACAUCCCAUCUGAUCACUUCUCCCUGUUUGCACAACUGGAGCUGGUCCUGCCUCACUUGCCCUCACUUAAUGGAGUCCAUCUACCGUCUCGCAGGUAGUGAGCCCUUCUUGCACAUAGGGAGCCAUUGCGCACGAGCCAUCCCCUUUCUUCUCCAGACUGUAACUUAAAUUGACUUGACUUGACUUGACUUGACUAAAUGCACAUUCAUUUACAAAAUCUGCUUAUCCAACAGGGAUCGUCUAAGUUUGUUGUAAUUUCUCUGCUUUAUUUUACAUUCACUAUGAAAUUUGAACGCAAAUGGUAAUUAUGCUAGCUUAUCCUUCCCAGUUGAGGAAUGAUCUUAUGUUUGUUUAUUUGUUUUGUUUUCUCAUUCAACAUUUUAUUUUCAUCAGAAAUGGUUUAUAGGUAGCCUGGAAGACAGCCGAACUUAGCCCUGCCCACAACAUUUGAGGUCGGAAAGUUCGGUCUGGAAUUGUUCCGUUGAGAACUUUUGAUAUGUGGGGAUUUCACUUUUGCAUGUCAGUUUUGCAUGUAAUCGGGGAAAACGCCGUUUUUGCAUUGUGACAUCGUGUUCCCUCUUUAGUUUGAAAUCUCUGAUUGGCGACCUGUUUGCUCGAGGGGUUUGCGACACCCUUCUCUAGCAUCGCUGUAAACAGAAUUAUUUUUAAAAACAAAGUAGGGGAAAAAUCAGUUUUUCCGAAUAGCCUAGCUACGUAUAGCCUAAACAUGGUGUAUUUUGGUGAUUACCAGCAUCCUCUCUCUCUAUCAAUCAGCAGCAUUGAUCUAGUAGCAGCUCAAUUGCCUCAAAUCUUCAAAGCAUAAGGCAAUGGCAAUCUUACAUUUUGUCAGUCAAGAGUAGAGGGCACCUUUUCCUUUGUCACACAAAUCUGCAGCACUGUUAUUUAGGCCAGUAGCAACGGUACCCUGACACACGUCAUCUCUCAACUCACAGUGGUUUUGCAGGUGUUUGUACAAAUAGAAAUAUAGAUUUAGUCUCAAAUGAUUGUAUUGAAUAAAAAAGACCAGCCUUUUUGGUGUUUAUUUUUGUUUCUCUUUUUGUAUUAACAAUAAAUUAUGAUCUGAUUUGAGAAAAGGAUUGUAUUGUAAACAGAGAUAACAUUUUUAUCCAGUAAAUGUUGAAAUAUACAGUUGAUAACUACCAGCUUGUACAAAAGUCAAAGAAGUUGUCCCAGAUUUUCACUGCCGUUUCGUUUUUUGCACUCUAUAAGAUUAUUUAAUAGUUAUUUUUUUGUCUUUGGUUCUCAGAGCAUAUUGUUCAAUGUGUACGUACUGUACAUUGUGUAGUUGACAGAUGGUUCCAUCACUUCAUCCAUCCACUUACAUUUAC